UCCUUAUCUGUGCCUAUAAUUUUUUUAUGCAUGCCCAUCAUCAGCGAAGGCCUCUUGCCAACCGUUUUACAGUCUUGUACCCAAUGUUCUGGAUCACCACAACCACGAUACAUAUUGCUUUUGGGUUGUUGGUUGGUAAUUAGUAGGGUAAUCGGAGUUGAAUUGCUUCCUGUGCCACUAUUACUGCAUUGAUCUAAUACCCUCCCUUGGCUAGAAUAUUCUAUUAUUUAUAUGUGAUCGGAUCUCUGCUCUAUUUGUAAUGCUUUCUUGUAUGUCUCAGAAACAGAUAUGGUGUCGAAUAGGUUAAGAGAAUCUUGAAUAUUUUGUUGCAAACCCUUGAUAUAUCGAAUAACUAAUCAUCAGAAUCUAUGUGUCUAGCAAGCAAGUGAUAGAUGAGAAAGGAACACUCCUCGCAUAUGUUUUUGUAGCUUGGCUCUCCUUAAAUGUUGAAGUUUGUUCAGUUGUCACCAUGGACUGGCAUGCCUCCUGAACUGGGUCGCCACUAAUUGCACCCUACGAUCUUUUGGAACCUCUUGAAUCCAGUAUAUAAUUUAGCAAUCCAAUCUAAAAACUUCUCAGGUUGUAGGUUGCUAUGAAAUUUAGGAAUAUUAAUGUGAAUCCCAACCUCUCAUCGUCCUCUCAUCAUCGAUUAUCAUCACGUCUUUGAAAAAUUAAAUUGCUGGUCUCCGUUUAGGUCGUCAGAGCUGCCUUACCAAAGGUGCUCCUCCUCUAUCACAAGUCCCUCCUCCAUAUGUUGUGGACUUGGAUACCUAUUCAGAUUUCCAAGUUGUGUCGUGAGCAUGUUAAAUUGUUGUUGCAUCUCUUGUUGCAUUUGUUUGAGUUGCACCACAAGUUCUGCAAUUUGGUCAGUGUUAUAAAUUCCUUUCAGUGGUACAACUCGAAUCUUUUCUAGGCGACAUAUUGUAGGAAGCAUAGAUGAACUUUGAUACCAACUGAUGUUAAUAGCCAGGAAAAUCUCAAAAAUAUUAUAACACUUGGAAUAAUUUUAUUUAAUCAUCAACUGAUACAAUAAUUGAAUUCGGAAAAUAUUUCCCAAAAUGGACAGUUCAUAUUUAACAAAAUAAAAAUAUAAUAUCAUGCCUAAACAAUAAGGAAAUCGAAUUUUGAUUUUUCUAGGCCAAUUUAUUACUAAUACAAAAUUUUACCAAAAAUAGAAAAAUGUGAUUUGAAGGCCAAACUGAAGGAAUUUGCUUGAAAGUCUAUCAAUUUGGAUACUUGCCUUAUUUGAGUGACCUCAACGUGCCAAAAAGGUGUCUUGCACCUCAUCAAUAAUUAGCAACUUUGAAUUUUUAACCUCAAUCAAAUUAUGCUUUGCUCAGAUGUUCAUUACAAAAUCUGGUGAACACAUUCAGAACAUUUUCUGCUGAGGUCCAUGUUUGAUUUCUGAUAUAGGAUGUUCUUGUCAUCCAUGCAUAAACAAUGAUUGGCCCACUUUGUUUUGAUUGGUAAAAUAAUUUUAAUGGUUGCUGGAUUUGUAUGCCUGAACCGAGGGAGAUCCACUGACCAGUAAAAAUUGAUGGACUGUCAAGUGAUGAGCUCCUUCUAACAUGAACCUAGCCUAUCUGCUCUUCUAUUGGUCAUAAUUUUAUCUUUUGUUUCCAAUUUGAUGUUUUUGACUGACCUUUAUGAAGAUAAAAGUCAUCAAUCAGGCGAUGGAAAAAAGGAAACAAUUUGUCAUGGAUUCUUGGUAUUUAUAUUGCACUAGAUGCUAAUUUAUCAGAAAUUGUCACAAAUGAAGAAGGCAAAAAUAUGUCAUUAUAUUGGUUUCUUUACUUUUGUAAACGCUAUGAAUAAAUGUAAAAGAAGGUCAAAGUCCAGAUGCAUGCUUUAAGAUUUGAAGGCCAAUUCAGUGAAUUGCAUGUUCUUAUCAAAAUUGUUAAUUGUACAUCAAAACUGUCAAAUCCUAGAUCAAUGGAAGUUAGAAUCACAAAGUUCCGAUGUCAUCUUAUAUAUUAUAUCUUCUCACUCAGAAUGCUUGGCAAGAACUUGAUCCAGAUGAAUACUCAUAUGAGGAAUUGGUUGCCCUAGGUGAAGUAGUUGGAACUGAAAACAGAGGCCUUUCUUCUGAUACAAUUGCUGCUCUGCCUUCCAGAAGUUACAAGGCAGAAAAUAUGCAAGAUGACAACGCUGAGCAAUGUGCUAUAUGCCGGCUAGAAUAUGAAGAUGGUGAUUCUUUAGUGGUGCUUUCUUGCAAGCAUAAAUACCAUCCUGAAUGUAUAAACAAGUGGCUCCAAUUAAACAAGGUAUGCCCAAUCUGCAAUGCACAAGUCUCUACUCCAGAAAACAAGUGA